GGGUCUCGACAUUUAAUGUACGCCGUACCACAUCCGCAGACGGAUGCUUUCUGCUCUACGCGCCACGCAUUUCCUCGGUCAGUGCCCAGCCCUGUCCGAUGGUCUCACCGCUGCUCUGAGCACACUCUCCGUCUUUACACAGGACUGCUGACCUGCGAUCUUCCUUUUUUAUUGGCAUUACCAUUAUUCAUCUCCCUCUAUGCAGCCACGGCGACCAAAUUCCACUCCUCUCAGCUUCUCCUUCAUUUCUACGACACAGCAGGCAUUCUCCUUCCUCAUCAUUUCUCUUACUGUGCGUGUGUGUGUACAUUCUUUCCCAAUUUUCUUUCCGCGGAGUCCGCAGUGUCCAUCACCAGCCACAACCAGACCUGAGCCUCGUCUGCGCGUGCCAUUUCAUGGCAGCGAUCGGAUACGGAACGUUUGCUUUUCAUUCUCCUCCCUUCCUCACACCCCUUCACAACUUCCCCUCUUUCCCCCAUAUCACAUUCCACCGAACAACGAGCACCGGUGCGGCUUCGACGAGUUGGAGGCGCGCACGGUCGGCACGCGUGUCAGCGGCAUCAGCCGCGUGGUGCCGCCCGCGCUGUCGCUGCGCAACGUCGACGCAGUCGCCACAGCCGCAGCGGACACCCCCGCCUCCUGGCAGCCCAUCCGCAUCCGCGUCUUCACCGAGGACUUGGAGGACACAAACAAGUUCUGCACAAGGGCGGGUCAAGUGCGUCCCGACUUUGAAGGCGGGAGAUCCACGUGCACCGGUGACGACGUCCUCACGGACCACAAGAAGAAAGUGCUGAAGGAGCUGCUGAUCCCUUCCGCCAUCAAGCUGCACGAGGAGCGCCUCAACGUGCAGCGCGUGGACGGCAGCAUCGUCGUUGGUCCUUCCAUCUCCACCGACGGCAUCUGCGGUCAGUUCACCGUCCCCUCCUCGCACACCACCACCGGUGUCAGCGACGCGGACUUCGUGCUGUACAUGUCGGCGGGCCCCACCAGCGGCACCUCCAUUGCCUGGGCCACGACGUGUCAGAACUUCGCCGACACCGGCCGCCCCUCCGUCGGUGUGUCGAACGUGUCCCCCAAGUACAUCUCCGCUGACCCGAUGACGGUGCGUGUCAUCACGCACGAGCUGCUGCACGCCCUCGGCUUCAGCAUCAACUCUUUCUACUCACGUGGAAUGGUGGGCACUGAAGCUCUCCGAGGCAAGGGACGAUCUCCUGUCCUCGUCUCCUCCAACGUGGUCGCCAAGGCCCGUGAACAGUACGGGUGCCCCUCCCUGCGGUACAUGGAGCUGGAGGACGAGGGUGGUGACGGCACUGCUAAGUCGCACUGGAAGCGGCGCAGCGCCAAGGACGAGCUCAUGGCCGGCAUCAGCGGCGUGGGCCACUACACUGCCCUGACCAUCGCCGCCAUGGAGGACAUGGGCUUCUACAAAGGCAACUACACCAACGCGGAGCCGAUGUCGUACGGGCGGAACGCCGGCUGCACGCUUUCCACGUCCAAGUGUGUGAUUGACGGCGUGUCGCAGUUUCCCGAGAUGUUCUGCGCUUCUUCGGAUAACGCCAUGACAUGCACGUCCGAUCACACGGCACUGGGUUCCUGCGGUGUGUAUCAGUACAAAUCUGAUUUGCCGCCCUACUUUCAGUACUUCUCAAACCCCACGUACGGCGGUAAGAGCCCUCUGAUGGACUACUGCCCCUACGUCAAAGAUUACUCUAACUCGAACUGCAGCACAGAUACCGGCAUACUCCUCGGCAGCACCUACGGUGUGAACUCGCGGUGCUUGGACGUGCCUUCCGGCUUCGUGAGUGACAGGAAACGAGAUUCUCGUCUGAGGGGUAUUUGUGCGGAGGUGCAGUGCAACAGCCCGACGUACUCCGUGAAGGUCGCCGGUGCCUCGAGCUUCACCGCCUGCACCCCUGGUGCGACUCUGUCGCUGCCGCACCUCAGCCCCUCGUUUUCGUCGGGCUCCCUGACCUGUCCGAGCUACGACGACGUCUGCACCGGGCUGGUGAACGCGACGGAGUACAAGGAGUUCGCCGACGACACUGGCGACGGUGCCGCUGCGUCUCCGGUGCCCACACUCGCGCUUGUGGCUUCGCUUCUGCUGGUGAGUGCCCUGGUCGUGUGA